CUUAGCCAAUACCAAAAAGAGGAGGAUCAUGUAGUCGUAUCGAAGACGACGCUUAUAGAGAGAGUUUCGGUGUAUUAGAGGAUGAGAACUGGCUGGUUGUCGACAAUUGGAAUGCAGAGAGGGUCAAUUGGAGUGAAAUGGCGAAAUCGAAGAUGAAAAAGUGGGCAGGUGAGAAAGGACAGAGGGGAAGAAUGAAGAAUUCGGGAACCCAAGAAGGACGAUUUUCUUUUUCAUCGUGUUUGUACGCGUAAGGUGAAUGAACUGUGCGGACAAGGAAGAGAGCCUCCGAGUUGAACCGUGUUUUUGCACUAAUUCACAGUAACAUUCUUUAAAAUUGGCGCGUCUAGAAUGAUUUUUUUUCAACACAUUGCUCUAGACGGAGCGUCAACGAUCGUUUAUGACGCGUCUACGGUUCUUGAUUGUGUUUUUUUGUAUUCCUCCGCUCCUGUUCCGUCUUUUUCUCCGUUUCUCGUCCAAUCUUCCUCCCCAUGUUACGCCCCACACUUCUCCGCCACAUGUCGGCCCUUCUGGUCCUCUUGCUGUUACCUGUGUUACCUCUCUUUUCCAGCGGCUGUACAGCGAUGACGUUUGCAAGCGGUAGGUGAAAGCGAACCUCGGCUGGCACCGUGGUCGGUCCGGUCAUUGACUUUCCCUGCCCAUUGUAUUGGCUACGGAAGCAUACGGGCUGUUCAGUUCUGACUAAGAAGCCUCCAGUGUUCAGUGGUGCUUUUGUUUUUAUUUACUUCAUCCCACAUUCUUGCAUCUGCGACGAACGCUUAAGUCUCCGAAUAAACAAACUCCGCAGUCGGAAACCCAUUUCUUAGACUGUCGCCAAACGUUGAAUUAGGACGACUUCUCCUUCCUGAUUGCUUCUACCAUAUACCAUUCACUUUCCUUGUCGUCAGUCUGGUAAAGAAGAAUUGUCAUUACCGGACAAACACCUGCUGACUCACGUUUCUCCGACGCUGUGGCAACAAUCACAGGACAUUCUUACAGUGUCCUCAUUUUUAUUGCCUGAAUAGGAUCCCAGCAAUUCCCGCGGAAUUUUUUACGGAUCAUUUGUCAAUCCGUCGCUCGUAAUGAAGUUUACUGAAAGCCUACACAAAGCCAUUGUACCACAAUAUGCAGAUGAAUACGUGGACUAUGAAGGAAUCAAGCGUAAACUGCUUGCUGCAGCCACUCAAUUAGGCGAAUCAGCGAAGGAUGUUCGCAAUGACGAACGUCAAGCUGUUCUCCGUGACUUAAUGGACGACUUACAUGUCAACCUCGAUCGUGUAACAACGUUUUAUGACUCGCGCAUUUCUCGAAUGAGUCUGUUUGCUCAACGUUUGCAGUCGGAAACACAAUCUAUCGAGGGAUCUAACAUCUCCACUACAUCGCGGACCGAGUUGCAAAAGUCUCUGUUGUCCCAAUUGAACAAUAUUGAGCUUCAGCUGCAUCGGCUUUCUUCGUAUUGCGAAUGGAACAAAUGUGCUUUUGAGAAGCUUGCUCGCAAGCUUGACAAGCAUUUUGAUACGAACGCCUUUAACGAUUUCUACAUACUCCAAACAUUGACGCAUCCGUUUGCUGGCGCCCAUGAGGUGAAACGUACGCUGAAAACUGUACGUUCAACAAUGAACACACUCAAGACUGAGUUCAGUUUUCGCGGCUAUGGUAGUUCACCCACCUCCUCAAGCAGUGGACAAUCUCUGGAUGUCUGCUUAGAGAAAGAUGACUCGUUGGGCCUGUUUAACAUUAUGGGGAAAGCUCCGGCACACCUUCUUUCUGAUGUGUUGACUUCGUGUAUCACAAAACGAGCCGUGCAAUGCACUAACCUGGUUCUCAAGCUGCUGGUCGGUGAUGUUGACAUGAUCGGCCGUGGUUUUCGACAUGCUGUAUAUAGUUGCAAGGACAAAGACGCGGAGGUGCUAGAAACAUUCUUGAAACUCGUACACGAGCAAGCUCUGCACGCCGCUAAUCGACGCUCUACGGAAACAAAGAACGAAUCAAGUAGCGUCAAUCAGCAACCUCAUCUCGUGGCGCGUCUUCUAAGUUCGAAAGACAGUAUUGGUCAAACGGCUCUUCAUUACGUCGCAAAGAAUGGCCAAGCAGGCUUAUGCACUCUCUUUUGUCGUGAGUUGGAUGAGGUAUGUCCAACGUUUCGGAAGACUUGCACUUGGAGCAGUCCGGAAUGGCGCGACGUUGCUUAUGAAACUCCCAUGUCUCUUGCAAUUCGGAACUGUAAUGUUGGCUGUAUUGAUGCUUUAACCGUGUAUCAACCAAAAGAAAACGCGAAGCUUCAUGACACUCCUACUCCAACUCUUGUACUUGCGUGUCGGUUGAUUGAUGACGCUGGCGUGAUUGAAGCAUUGGUGCGUGCUGGUUAUCCUGUGGAUGCAAAGGACAUACAUGGGAGUUCUGCCAUUCACGUCGCAACUCGUUUUAAUCAUGCAAACUGCGUGCAAGAACUUCUUCGGCUAUGCCCACAGUCCGUUACUGCACUUGAACCGCCUUACGACUGGACACCCUUAAUUAUCGCAGCUGCUUUUGGCCUGCAGCCAAUUGUCUCGAUUUUGUUAGAGGCUGGUUCGGAUUUGACACAAGUCGAUUCGUGUGGUUGGACGGCAAUGGAACACGCUGCCAUUCGUGGGCACCUGGACUGCGCUGCUCUACUGAAGACGGACGUUGUGUUAAGUAAUAAACCUGUCACUAGUGGAAGUUUGGAUGUUAAACCCACUAACUCUGACAUCCGCUCUUGUGAUCGUGCCAUGCAAAUCGGUGUCUCGGACCCUAAUGCUAGUGUGUUGAUUCUUCGACUGGAUGGCAUUAGUGGUCGAGUUCGUGUAACGGUUUUAGAUGAAGGGGCGGAAUACCUUUCAGGAAAAGUGAACACUUCUUUUGAAGGAUUGAGCAUUAACGCAUCGACAAGUUCCUUGUCUUCACAUUCGUCUGACAAGCGAUCCCCUAGCUGUGUGAUCAAUAUUCCGCGCAGCCAAUUUGACAAUUUGGGUGAAGUUGGUGAGCAUUACGGAAACAGUCUCGAGGAAGAUGUCGACGAUGGUGAUGUUGAGGAAGAUGACGUUUUUGAAGACAAUUCGCCCGCUCCACCUACGUCUCAUAAGCAACCUGUGGAGCUGUUGUUCAAGGUUGCCUCGCCAGAAAGUGCUGUGCUACAUGUCGACUUGUUGGCUUCACGUUCCUCGCGUAUGCUUGCGAAGGCUGUCUGUCGAAUUUCAAGUCUAUUGACAAAUGUUGGAGCGCAUAUGCAGAGUUUGAAGCCGGCAUCGCCUUUGCCCAUGCUUUCCACAAAGGACAUGAAUGUGGUUAGAUGGGUUAAUGUCCAAGCACUUAUUUCCACUUACUCAAAAGCCGGCAAUGCUAUCAGCAUGGAAGCGGAGCCCCCUAAGGCAUUAACGAGUGAACCCGCAUUAGCGACCUUAUCGUCCAAGCCUAGUACUUCAUCAUUGAAACAUGCUUGCAACUCAAGUUUCAGUUUGAAUCAUGAUGCCAAGGGAAGCAAUGUGGCCUUAAUUGGGCAUCGUGGUCUUGGUAAGAAUCUUCCUGAUCGCAAAUGUUUGCAGCUUGGUGAAAACACACUUGAUUCCUUAAUUGCAGCUGGAAAUCUUGGUGCCUCCUAUGUCGAAUUUGAUGUUCAGAUGACGAAAGACCUUGUCCCCGUUGUGUAUCACGACUUCAUUGUUCACGAAACCGGUGUGGAUGCACAAAUUCAUUCUCUCACCUAUCAACAAUUCCUCUCCUUUUCCCAUCAAUAUCCUACCCGUGACGUUGAUGAAACUGAAUCAUCUGUUGGAAGAACUCGUUCGCGAAGCAUUGACAUGCCUAGACCCGCGUCAUUCACCUUAGAAGAUGGCAUUGAACCAGGCUCCCUCAGCCCAAAUUCGAGUGUCUAUAAAGGAAACUCAUUUGGUAAUAGUAUUUGCGGACCUUUUACUACGUUUAAGGACAUUCUUUUGAGGGUUCCUUUGAAUAUUGGUCUUAACAUUGAGUUAAAAUAUGCCAUGUUAAGCGAAGCUGAGGAAGAGGGUUUGGAGCCCGUGGGUAUUGACGCGAAUACAUAUGUUGAUAUUAUACUCGACAUGAUACAUACCCAUGGCAAGAAGCGAAACUUCAUAUUCUCCAGCUUUAAUCCUGAUAUCUGCAUCCUUGCUUCAUUAAAGCAGUCUGCCAUUCCGGUUUUAUUCCUGACAGAAGCUGGUACGGCUUAUAGAACGGAUGCCCGUGCUGCCUCUCUUCAGCAGGCAAUCAAUUUCUCUUGCAAAUGGGGCCUGCUUGGCAUCGUUAGUGCCUGUCAACCCAUUGUUCACUGCCCCAGACUAAUUGAUGCAGUGAAGCAAAGGGAUCUUGCUUGUUUCACAUACGGUGUAUUGAACAAUGACGCUGAGAAUGUGAGAAGGCAAGUCAAACAUGGCGUUGAUGCCGUAAUUGUCGAUAAUGUGUUGGCCAUUAGACGCUGUCUAAACGAUAUCGAGCUGACGAGCUCUAACUAGACGUUUUUUUUUCAACUUACGUGCUUGUUCACGUUUUGACUAUCAUGAAAGUAUUAUGAUUAUAUUAAUGAAAAUAUAGAACUGAUUUAAAAUUGUAAUUUUACACGGCCGUGUACCGAAUGAAGGAAAA